GUCCUCUCGUAUCGAACACCUGAAACCCACCGCCCGCCGAUCACGAAGCGGCGGCGGCACAGCAAGAUGCUAUCCCGCGCGCGGCGCCUCCACCCCGCCGUUCGCCGAUUCCUCCUCCCAAACACGCCUGCACCCUCCCGUCAUCCUCCGCUCCCUCCUCAACACAGCGCUUCCGCCAAAACCUCUAAACCCUUCUCGAUUCUCUUCCGCCGCCACCUCUGCUCCUCACCACCGGCAACGCCACCGCCAACAUCACCGCCUCCAGCGGUGGUAUCUUCUGACCUUCCGGCUGUCCACGUCAAUGAAGUUUGCCCAGGAUGCGGGAUCGCCAUGCAAUCCUCGGACCCCGAGCUCCCGGGGUUCUUCUUGCUCCCCUCCGCAAAAUCCCCCAACUACCGCGCGCGCCUCGCGCCUGUCACCGCCGACGACACCCGAAUCUCCGCCUCCCUCAAGUCUGGUCACCUCCGGGAGGAUAUACAGCCGUCGGGUGGCGACAAGCCGGCCGCGGCGGCGGCUGAGAUGGCGGAGGCCAAGGGAGAAGGCAAGGUUUUGGUGUGCGCGCGAUGCCACUCACUGCGCCACUACGGCCGCGUCAAGCACCCGGACGCCGAGCGCCUCCUCCCGGACUUCGACUUCGUUGCCGCCGUCGGCCCGCGCCUCGCGUCGCCUUCCGGGGCCAGGUCGCUCGUGCUGCUCCUGGCGGACGCCUCUGACUUCGAUGGGUCGUUCCCGCGCGCCGUCGCGCGAUUGGUUGCCGCAGCCGGCGAGGCCCAUCGCGCGGACUGGAAGCACGGGGCCCCGGCCAACCUCCCACGCGCGUUGCUCGUGGUCACCAAGCUCGACCUGCUCCCCACGCCAUCGCUGUCCCCCGACGAUGUGCAUGCGUGGGCGCACUCUCGCGCUCGCGCCGGUGCGGGUGCCGACCUUCGGCUCGCUGGGGUGCACUUGGUUAGCGCCACGCGCGGAUGGGGCGUCCGCGACCUGCUCGAACAUGUGCGCGAGCUCGCGGGGACGCGCGGCAAUGUCUGGGCCGUGGGUGCGCGGAAUGUUGGCAAGUCAACGCUCCUCAAUGCGAUUGCCAGAUGCUGUGGCAUAGUCGGGCGACCGACCUUGACGGAGGCUCCAGUUCCGGGAACGACCCUUGACGUGAUUAAGCUUGACGGCGUUCUUGGCGCUCAAGCAAAGCUGUUUGACACUCCUGGUCUUCUCCAUGGGCAUCAGUUGACAUCUAGACUGACGAGCGAGGAGAUGAAGUUGGUUCAAGUGAGGAAGGAGAUGAGUCCCAGAACUUACAGAAUAAAGACAGAACAUUCUAUACAUAUUGGUGGACUGGUGCGCCUGGACGUAGAAGAGUUAACUGUAGGAUCGAUCUAUGUUACAGUUUGGGCAUCACCACUUGUCCCACUUCACAUGGGAAAGACAGAAAACACGACAACAUUGAUAAAAGAACACUUUGGCUUGCAAUUACAGCCUCCCAUAGGCCAGGAGCGGGUAAAGGAGCUUGGUAAAUGGGUGAGGAAACAGUUCAAAGUUUCUGGGAACAGUUGGGAUACAAACUCUAAGGAUAUAGCCAUCGCUGGUCUUGGUUGGUUUGGAAUUGGGCUGAAAGGAGAGGCAGUGUUAGGAUUAUGGACAUAUGAUGGUGUUGAUGUCAUCUCCAGGAGCUCCUUAGUCCAUGAGAGGGCUUCAGUUUUUGAGGAAGCUGGUUUCACAGUUUCACAGAUUGUUUCUAAGGCAGAUAGCAUGACCAAUAAGCUGAAGAGCACCAAGAAGCCAAAAAAGGAGAGAAUGAAACGUACUUCCCCCACAGAGCCGGAAGCUUGAGACCUGCUUCCACCGAUAGAUACUUGAGUCUUUUCAUCCAGUCCUGUGACUGGAGUAUCAUUUUGGUGAUCAUGUUACACAAUGUUCCGCAUUGGCCCUAGAAACUGUUAAUUGAAUUCAGAAGCAGCGGCUGAGUAUACAAUGUAUUGUUCUCCAGAAGGAACCUGCCCUAAUCGGAGUGUCUAUGUUUUACAAAGCUCUAAAUUUUGAUCCUUUGCUAGUUUGCUGAGCUGGAGAGUCAGGAAGUAUUCUGAGAUGUCAGUCAGUUACGGAACACCUAUCUGGAGAGUCAGUCAGUUAGGAAAUACUCUGUGAGAUGUUUUGAUGUUAACUUAUAAAAUCCAACAUGAGGACUUGUGUUCCAGCAUUAAAGGGAAGGUGUGGAGACAUUCCAGAUUGCAUUUGAUGUUAUCAUUCAGUUUUAGGAUUCAUGAUUGUGCCUCCUUGUAAAGUUGUAGCUGAACUAUAAUGAUGUAGGUUCCACAGAUGCAUAUCCUGUUUUUCGUCAACAUUGCCUGCAUUAUAGAUUCCGUGGGCAUCGUUCUCAGACCACAGCUUGUUUUCUAAUGAACUUUCUCUCAAUUGCUUGUUGAGCUAUUGGAUGCAAUGCGUUUUGUAUUG